AUGGGUAAACGGAAGAAGUCAUCUAGAACGCCAGUAAAGAAAGUAACGUUAAAACUGGAUAGUGCAUUCAACUGUUUGUUCUGUAACCACGAAAAAUCGAUUACCUGCACACUAGACAAGAAGAAUAGCAUAGGCUCAUUAUCAUGCAAAGUAUGUGGGCAACAGUUUCAAACCCGGAUAAAUGCGCUGUCUCAGCCAGUAGACGUGUACAGCGACUGGUUUGACGCGGUGGAGGAGGUGAAUGAAGGCCGCGCCAGCAGCAGCGAGGGAGAGAACAGCGACUCGGAUUAUGAAAGCUACAGCAGCGGCAACGAGAACGGCGCUCGUGGUGCACAGCAGGAUGGGCGGCACUCCCGCGUGCAGGAGGAGGUGGAUUCUGAUGAGGCAGAAUACUCAGAUAGCGAUAGGAUAGGCAACAGACGCGGUAGGAGCGCGUUGGUAGAUAGUGAUGAUGAAUGA